GUAGAUGACUGGCCGAUACAACCUAUUUUCGAAGCUCCCCCAGAGAAAAUUCUAGAAAGGAGAAAAACCAUUAUGGCAACCCAAAUAACCCCUCUCCCAGAAUCAUUAUAUGAACGAUUUUCUUCAUUUUGGCGGCUGGUCCGAGUAACUGCAUACAUUUUACGAUUUAUUAACAAUUGCAAAUCGAAAAACAAACGUGAAUCAUUUCUUACGGUGACGGAGUUAGAGGAAGCCAAGGAGGCACUAGCGAAAGGUGUGCAGCAAGAAGUCUUCCAGUCGGAGUUGACAGCAUUAAGGAAGAAAUUGCCGCUUCCAGUAGGCUCAGCUCUGAAGUUUUCGCGACCAUUUCUGGACAGAAAAGGCAUAAUACGUUGCGGUGGUCGACUCGAAUUGUCUGAUGAAAGCUAUAAAACCAAGCAUCCCAUCAUUCUGCCAAAUAAGCAUCAGCUUUCCCGUUUAAUUGCAACUUAUUAUCACAACCUCUCGCUUCACUCUGGCCCACGCAUGACACUAGCUUCGAUACGGCAAGAAUUUUGGCCUCUACGUGGAAAAACUCUAGCCAAUUUCGUUUGUCGUAAAUGUUCAAAUUGCUUCCGUUUAAACCCUGUCCCUAUCACUCAACCAGAAGGCCAACUGCCUAAGUCUCGAACUGCCCCCAGCCGACCGUUUGCUAUAACCGGUGUCGAUUUUUGCGGUCCAGUAUAUCUCAAACCCGUCCAUCGUCGCGCUGCCGCUCAAAAGGCUUACAUUGCGGUUUUCGUUUGCUUUACCACGAAGGCUACCCAUCUCGAAUUGGUUUGCGACCUUUCAACUAAUGCCUUCAUAGCUGCCUUGCACCGAUUCGUCGCUCGUCGUGGUGUUCCCGCUGAAAUUCAUUCAGAUAAUGGAACAAAUUUCAAGGGGGCAAAAAAUGUAUUGAAUGAGUUGUACUACAUGCUAAACAAUCACCAAGAGGCAAUCGUCAAUGAAUGCACUGCUAAGGGAAUCACUUGGAAGUUUAUUCCCCCGCGAGCACCCAAUUUUGGCGGCUUGUGGGAGGCAGCCGUGAAAACUGCUAAAACGUCUAUGGUCAAGACGAUCGGAAACACAAGCCUUUCCUACGAAGAUUUUUUAACCGUGCUCACUCAGAUUGAAGCGAACAUGAACGCUCGCCCGCUGACGCCGCUAUCGGAUGAUCCGACAGAACUGGACGUGUUGACACCAUCACAUUUUCUCACAGGAUCUUCGUCAACGUCUCUUCCCGAUCCAGACUAUACCAAGGUUCCAUCUAACCGCUUGAAGCACUACCAGCAGCUGCAACAAUUAAUACAGAAGCACUGGAUUAGAUGGAGAAACGAAUAUCUAACAGAACUCAACGUGCAAAGGAAAAAAUCGCCGGCUACAAUGCAUGUACGUGUUGGUCAAAUUGUGCUAGUGCACGACGAAAGCAAACCAUCGAUCGCCUGGCCGCUUGCUAGGAUUGAAGCGAUAACACCUGGACAAGACAAUAUCGUGCGAGUAGCAACCGUCCGCACUAAAAGUGGAAUUUACACCCGACCGGUCCGGAAAUUAUACCCUUUACCGUUUUGCAGUGAGGCAGACAUAAAACAAAAUGAGCACAACACCGAAGCUGUAGUUACAGAAAUUUGUAGUUAAGGACUAUUUGUUACACCUUGUCUUUUAGUAUAAAUGUUGAAUUUGAAGCAAAAACACAUUUAGGUGGCCGGCUAUGUUUACGUCAAAAUGUCAAAGCAGGAGAAACUAACCUAGUCGAGGUUAGCCGAAACUUAACGAAGGGAGAUGCGAGUAGACCGAGUAGACUAUCGUGUGAUACAGUCGACCUCUGUUUGAGGAAACUGGAACUGCGUGCUUUUCUUCUAAUACAGUAGUAGCUAGAUUUAAAACUUGUACGUUGGAACAUUCGUUUUACUGCCUUCAUUGCGAUUAGAUCGGCUACUAUCAAAAAUAUUCUGUGUUAUUUGUAAUUAAGUAUUAAGUGUAGUAAAGUUAAUUUAGAUAGUCAAUAAAUCGUCUUGUGUUGAAUAAAGCUAUUUUAGUGUGAAGUACUUGUCUCGAAGGCUUUAUUCGUGUGAUGCGUAUCCGUUGAAACCACCAGCGAACAAUAUUGAGUAAUCGGUCGUUGCUGCGAAAUUUAAGGUGAAGGGAAAGCCAAAUCAUCCGUUAGGAUACCAAGAGGACCGCCACGAAAUCUCUAACGAUAUAUUUUAGAGUUGGAAAAAUUGUAUAUUGACUAGUAAUUAGAAUGGAUAAAGAUUAAAAUUAGUAUUAAUAUUGCAUGCUCAGAUCCAAAACAUUCGAUAAGAUUUUCACGGUGUACACGUAUCAGGUCGAAUUAACAAUGAUCGGUUAUAGGUACAGGUCAUAUAAUAAUGAAAUAAAUAAAUUAAUGUUAUCUCAACGCUUUGUAUAACAAUUGGUGAAGAAAUAGCCACACACAUCUCAAUUCUGCUUAAAAUUUAUAUACUUUUUCAAACUUUACUAAUAUUGGGCAAUUUUGGUUAAAAACUACCCAAAAUCAAGUAAAAUACUACGACCUUAAUUUUACGGAAAAAAUACCCAUUUUUGAGAAUCGCUCCUGGAUCUCACGUUGGGUAAAAAUAACCCAUUUUUGAGAAUCUACAAUACUACCCAGUUUUUGGGAUGAAGUUUA